CACGCCUUCACAAGUGAAAGGAUCAACCUGAGGACUUGCGAGGAAAAGAAAAUAGGUACUAACAUUAUUUCUUCUCCAUUAAUCACCAACUUCCAUGAAGCAAGAUGGCUGCCUUAAACAUUUCCAGCUUCAACAACAACACUUCUCAAUAUCAAUGCAAGUUUAAUGAGGACUUCAAGUACAUCCUACUUCCUGUCAGCUAUGGGUUUGUGUUUGUCGUUGGCUUGGUGCUCAAUGUCACUGCACUGUAUUUCAUUUUGUUCCGCAUCAAACAAUGGAGUCCGAACACUAUCUAUAUGAUCAACCUGACUGUUUGUGACACACUCUACAUCCUCACACUGCCAUUCCUGAUCUACUACUAUGCUGACAAAAAUGACUGGCCUUUCACUGAAACUUUCUGCAAACUUAUACGCUUUCUCUUCUAUACUAAUCUGUAUGGUAGCAUCCUUUUUCUCAGCUGCAUCAGCAUUCACCGCUUCCUUGGAAUUUGCCACCCGGUUCGAUCAAUGAAGUGGGUUAAUGCCCGCCGUGCUCGAUCCAUCUCAGUCCUGGUUUGGCUAAUUGUACUGAUCUUCCAGGCACCAGUGCUCUACUUUUCCCGAACAACCAAUCAAGUCUGCCAUGAUACCACAUCCCAGGAUCUGUUUAAUUACUUUGUGGUCUAUAGCUCAGCCAUUUCGGUCAUUUUGUUUGUGAUACCCUUUGGAUCAGUGUUAGUCUGCAAUGGCCUGAUGGUGCGAAAACUUAUAGAGCCCACCACCAUAGGAGGAGCCACAUCUCAGCGCUCCAAGCAAAAGUCAGUGAAGAUGAUAGUCAUAGUGCUGUUGGUUUUCAUACUCUGCUUUCUGCCCUUCCACCUCACAAGGAGUCUGUACUACAGUUUCAGAUACUUCAAAGUAAACUGUACACUGUUGGAGGGUUCUAACAUAGCUUACAAGGUCACAAGGCCACUAGCCAGUGCAAACAGCUUUAUCGACCCCAUCCUGUACUUCAUGGCAGGACAGGGUUUCCGACACAGCCUAACUAAGAAAUACAAACAAUCUCAGAGACAGGGGGACAGCAAGUGCCACUCGACCCCUUUAUGAACAAUUUAUUUGGAAUCUGAAGGACAAAUGAAUGCAAUGGACUCAAGUUAGAAAGCUAUAAAUUGCAUCGAAAUGCUGUCAUGACUGUGGGCUAAAUGGAUGCAUAUUUGGAUGAACUUGGGUGUCUCCAAUCUGUCAAUAACAUUACAUACAUGCAGUAAAGAUACAAUGAAAAUGAGAAUAAUUUAUAAUAUGACUUUACUUCCAAUUAUUCUCUGGUUUAGAUUUUUCUUGGGAGAUGUAAGAUUUUGCCGAAAUACCAUCCUGGAUCUUAUUUACAAGCAAUAUAGCGUUAGAUAUAUGGUAAAUCCAUAUGAGACUACUACACAUGAAUAGAGAAGACAAAAAAGUCAAGCAAAAACAUUGUAAUGAUACACAGAGAAGGUUUAGAUGUAAUUUUUUUAAAUGCUAAAUCUGUUGUUGAGUGCUUGAUGAGAAAGGAGCCACUGGUUUGAGCUCUUGAUCAGGGGUGUUUAUGCUCUUCUUGGAAUGUAUCCUUUAACAUUUGUAAAAUGCUUUGGAUAAAUGCAAUCUUAAACAUGUAAAUAUUGAAAAGUAUUAAAAUGCUUAAAAGAAAGCUUUGGAUAUAUUGAGCUUGUCUGAAGACAAGACUGGAAGCAACCAGGAAACCUUUAUUGGUGAAAGAUUUUUAUUUUGUUAUUUUGGGUGUAGGUAGUAUGGAAGUGUUUAAUAAGGGAAAUGGGAAAAAAAAAUUUAUUAAAUGGUUUACUAGGAUUCUUUAUAACUCUUUUUAACUCCAGAAUUUGAAAAUAAACCAAAGAUCAGGAAACCUGAUUAAGACAAUUGCACACAACUUUAUUGUUAAUUUUAUUUUGCUGUUAAUGAACAUCAACUAAAAUAUGGCUAAAAAAGCAAAUAUCACAGAAACACUGAUGCUUACACAAUUUCUGUAUGCAUGGCAGUAAAGAUUUCACUUUCAGAAUGUUGUUUGAAAUGAUCUAUCUGACCUUGGAAAUAAAAUGAAUUUGUAAUCUAACCAAA